UUGUAGAAAUGGUGUUGUUGUUUAUUUAACCAUGCCGUUAAAGUUCAAGUGCUGCUGCUUUUCUUCAGUAUUGUAAUAUUUGCUCGAUGGCUUUAGUAUCUUGACUAGAGAUGCAUUCACACUUUGGGGAUUAAAUGAAAAGAUCAUUAACAGGGAAAAAUUAUAAAUGGAAGUAUUUAUAAUUUGUCACCGUUUGGAUGCUUUUUAAUUGUUCAUCAGUUUAUGCCUUUGGAUCUCUCUGUUCCAGCUUCAAGAAUUAAGACAGAGUCAAGGAAGAGAACUGGGGAUGUGAUAAAGAUACCAGUCCUGGUAUGUUGAACAUCUGCGGUCCUAUGAGCUGUCAACUGCUGACACAAGCCUGUCAAUCCACCUGCAGUCUGAUCUCAAUGAUACAGUCCCUCUCUCGGCAUACAAGAUAGACGACUCGCUGCUGCUGACCCCCAAGCAGUUCAUUCAAGUGAGACAGAACUGAGUUCAGUACAAUGGCAGCUGCACCUCCCCAACAACCAAUGCUUAUUCGUGUUGUUGAGACAGACCGGGCUAGAAAAUUAAAACUCAGCUCACGACCAGCCUCUGUUGAUGCACUGAUCAAGAUUAUAAAAGAACAGCUGGAAAUCGACCUUGACUUCAGUUUGCUUUAUGAAGAUCCAGACUUUGACAGGAAACUUACUUCCCUUGCAGACAUUGAGGAAUUGCCAGAAAAAGCUGUUGUGCACAUCUCACUUUCAGAAGACUCCAGCUCUACUGCAUCUACUGAUCUACUUUCAGAUGUGUCAUCUCCAGAACGUCUCAGUAGGUGGCCUCAAGGUCCUUUUCCAGUUCCCACAUUUGCAUUUGAUGUUGAACUGAAACUUCAACAUGGAAAUGCUGAAUAUGAGAGGAGCAACAGACACCUUAAGCUGACUAGAGACCUGAAGCACGACAUUUUAGAAAAGCUUGCAUCUACUAUGUAUAGUUUUAAGGCUUACCCAAGUGAUAAAGAGAUUGCAAAAGCUGCUGAGGCUCUUGUAGCCAAACAUCCCUGCUUGAAGGAAGCAGGAUCUGAGACUGGCUGGAAUGGAUGGAAAAAUAGCAUCAAGUUUAAGAUGGGCAAUUAUAGGACCAAGAUGAGACGGGCUGGAUGUCAGGAGGUCACUGUUAAUGCUGGAAAAAGAAGUAGAAGUAAUCCUGAUAAUGAACCUUCACAUUCCAACAUUAAAAGACCCAAGCGAGCAGAAGUCAACUUCCUACCAAACUUUCCCCAAGGAAAGGAUCCUUCAAGCCUUGACCAGUUGAGGCAAGCAAUUGUUGAAGAAGUCAAGAAGGCUGAGAAGAACCUGCCCCUCAUUAGAAAGUUGAUGGAGACCACAUUUCCCCUGCGCAGACAAACCAUAGUGAUGUCCUGCCCACCAGUGAAGGAGCUCUUGGACCUCUGGCCUGCUCUAAAAAUGGAGUCUGAGUUGUAUGCAGAGUUUGAGCGGAUUACAAAUCAGAACCUGCCCAAUACAUUCUACGCUGAACUUGACCGCCAUCUUCCUCGACUGAUGACCUUAUUCAGACAGAAGGCAUCAAAAACUGGGAAGACAGCAGAUGCCCUGGCUGAAAUUCUAAGAAUUCAGGAUGAACAGGAAAUCCAUGAUAUCCACACCAAGCGCACUACCGUUCUCCACGCCCUUCCUGUCUAUCUGCGUGAGGAUGUCUCUGGAUUUUUCAGAACCUGCACUGACGAAUCUGAUGAGUUGGAGCUUGAUGGUGUUGAAGUGGCCCUCUUCACUGUCAUGAGUGACCAUGACACCACAAGUCCAGUUCACUACCAACCUGUGAAAAUCUCUGUCGUCACUGAAAGUGAUGCCGUGGUCAGUCUCCCCAGAUUUGGUGAAGCCUUCCUGGUAAUGUUUGGACUGAUCUAUGCACUUCACCUCAGCUACCCCAAAGCCCUGACCAACACUUUAGAAUUUACUCAAAAGAUUUUACUUGGUCUAGAAAGUGGUAAACUGUCACCCAGGUUACAGACCCUCAAGAAUGACUUGGUUAUGUAGGAACUCAUCUGAAAGAAGGAUGCAGGGUAAAGCAUUAUAAAAGGCUAGUUCAAAGUUCUCUCCUUUUAUCUAAAUAAUGCCUCAAAACGUUAUUGCAUUACUCUACAGGUGUUCAGCCAAUAGGUCCAAACCAUUGACUGUAGAAAACAGUCAAUGGUCCAAACUAUACAACGUGCCUUUGUUCUCAUUAACAUAAUGCAAAGCAACACUAAUGUUUUGUAUGUUUUAAUGUUUUUCGUAAUACUAUUUCUAAAACAUUGUGGGCUGUGCAAGAUGACCUAAAUUUCACUGUUUGAUACUGGUUAAUGUAAAACAAAUAGCAUUGUAAUUCACUCAAAUUGCUGCCCUGUUGCCUUAUUCAGAUAUUAGCCAGAGAGCCAAAAGCACAUUUUGAUAUUAUUUAUUAUUAUUUGGCAUCAUUUUUUAUUACUCAGUUUUCCUGACUAAACAAUUUUUGGUCUACUUAUUUUAAUUUAUAAAUGUUUUUGUUAAUUAUUUUUAAUUUAUUUAAUUUAAAAAAAAAAUGUAUUUAAUUUCAACAUAAUGUGCUAAAAGGGAGCAGGCAAGAUACUGUUCAAUGGCAGAUGUUUAUGACUUUUGCAUAUUAAGUUACCAAUACUCAGUGUAAUUGAGGCAAUCAAUUGCCUCAAAAAUUUUAAGUUUUGAGUCACAUGUUUUUAAGUAUCAAGUAGUCAACAUAUUUGACUAACGUGUACUUAAAAUAAUGACAACACAAACUAAUAAACAUUUGAGUUUUGUUAACAUAAAAAUGU